AGAGAGAGAGAGAGAGAGAGAGAGAGAGAGAGAUGAAGAUAUAUCCAAUCCUUUUUAUGACAUGUUAUUCUUGUAUGUUUUUGAUAUCCAAUAGUAAUGGAAGGACAGUUCCCGACAGUAGCAUUCCUCCGGUUAGAGCAGUUAAUCUUGGAGGCUGGCUUGUUGCUGAAGGUUGGAUCAAACCUUCCCUUUUCCAAGGCAUUCCCAACAGCGAUUUCCUGGAUGGAACUGGAGUGCAGUUCAAAUCAGUUACAGUGGGAAAAUACUUGUGCGCUGAAAGUGGAGGAGGAACCGUUAUAGUUGCCAACCGUUCAUCUGCUUCUGGAUGGGAAACAUUCUCUCUAUGGAGGAUCAAUGAGAGGACUUUCAACUUUAGGGUUUUCAACAGAAAAUUUGUAGGAAUCAACGGGAUUGAUACAGUUGCAUUAGCAGAUGCACCUGGUCAAACCGAAACCUUCGAAAUUCAAAGAAAUCCCGACGAUUUAAACCGCGUACGAAUCAAAGCCCCUAACGGAUUCUUUCUCCAGGCGAAGACGGAGGAUUUAGUUACAGCAGAUUACGAAGGAAGUAAUGGUGGAUGGGGAGACGAUAACCCAUCGAUUUUCCUAUUAACAAUAAGCGGAAGAAUGCAAGGUGAAUAUCAACUCACUAAUGGCUACGGCCCUAAUCUCGCUCCACAAGUAAUGCAGGAACAUUGGAGCACAUUUAUAGUAGAAGAGGACUUCAAUUUCAUAAAGAAAAAUGGGCUAAAUACAGUUAGAAUUCCGGUUGGGUGGUGGAUUGCUAGUGACCCUUCUCCACCUAAGCCUUAUGUAGCUGGAUCAUUGCAAGCCCUAGACAACGCUUUUUCCUGGGCCCAAAAAUAUGGGAUAAAAGUGAUCGUUGAUCUACACGCAGCACCCGGUUCACAAAACGGUUGGGAGCACAGUUCCUCCCGAGACGGUUCUCAAGAAUGGGGACUAACCGACGACUCCAUCGAAGAAACCGUCCUCGUCAUCGACUUUUUAACCGCUCGGUAUGCAAGUAGCCCGAGUUUAUUUGCGGUGGAGUUAAUAAACGAGCCGCUUUCACCUGGUGUUUCAUUGGAGAAUUUAAGCAAGUAUUACAGAGGUGCGUAUGAUGCUGUCCGUAAAUACUCGGAGACGGUUUACGUGGUUCUGUCGAACCGGUUAGGGCCGAGUGAACCGACCGAGUUAUUCGGUCUAGCAAACGGGUUCACUAAAUCGGCGAUUGACGUACAUUACUACAAUCUCUACUCGAGUAUAUUCGAUAAUAUGAGUGUCCAGCAGAAUAUUGACUACGUCUACAAUAACCGGUCCGCACAGUUGACCCAGAUCACUACUUCAAAUGGCCCCCUUAUUUUUGUCGGGGAAUGGGUCGCGGAGUGGCAAGUGAGAGGGGCGGCGAAGGAGGAUUACCAAAGAUAUGCGGCGGCGCAGCUAGAGGUGUUUGGGCGGGCUAGCUUUGGGUGGGCUUAUUGGACUCUGAGAAAUGUCAACAAUAUUUGGAGUUUGGAAUGGAUGAUUAAUAAUGGAUAUCUCCAACUUUAAUUUCAUCACUUUAAUUUGAUGAUUAGUAAGUUCACAUUUUGGGCUGCUAAUUGAUUAAAAUAAAAUAAACAUGUACACAUGUCAUAAAAAUAAAUCAUCUCCUAAUGGGCCUUCAUGGGUUUGUACUAGAUUGAAACUACUUAAUGGGCUAAAUGUGUAACCUUAUUAUCCGGUUCACCCAACAACUCGAAUGGGCCUAAUAAUUAUCUUGUC